AUGGCUCACCAGUAUUCAGAUCCCGUCGGGGAAACUCGAUUGAGGGAGCGGGAUGAGACGAUUCGAAAAGAGGAGAAAGGCCACCUUGAAAACCCAAAUCCUGAAUACGAUGAUCCCUUUGGCAGUGAGGAGUUUGCUGAAGUCAAAUAUCGAACUUUGACCUGGUGGCAAUGCGGCAUGAUCAUGAUUGCCGAGACCAUCUCGUUGGGGAUUCUCUCUUUGCCCCAGACAGUGGCCACAAUCGGGAUGAUCGGAUCCGUGAUUCUGAUCGUGGGACUGGGCGCCCUCGCUACCUACACUGGAUACGUGAUCGGGCAGUUCAAACUUCGAUACCCGCACGUGCACAGCAUGGCUGAUGCUGGAGAAGUUCUGUUCGCCCCGUUGGGCUUACCUCGUUUUGGGCGAGAAUUCCUGGGCACAGCACAGUUAUUAUUCCUCAUCUUCAUCAUGGGAAGUCAUAUUCUGACCUUUACGGUCAUGAUGAACACCUUGACCGACCACGGGACCUGCUCCAUCGUGUUUGGUGUGGUCGGUUUGGUCGUCUCGUUCAUCUGUGCCCUGCCUCGAACCCUGCGGAAGGUCUCGUGGUUCUCGUUUGCCUCGUUUGCCAGUAUUCUGGCCGCCGUGUUCGUGACAAUGAUCGCUAUCGCAAUCCAACGACCUGGCAACGGCGUUGUGGACGCGACCCGUAAGACUAGCCUGGCGAGCGGCUUUCUCGCGGUGACGAACAUCGUGUUUGCGUACGCUGGCCACGUCGCAUUCUUCGGGUUUAUUUCCGAGAUGCAGAAACCCACCGACUAUCCAAAGACACUUUACUUACUCCAGGGAACUGACACCUCGCUCUACCUCGUUGCAGCCGUGGUCAUUUAUUACUACGGCGGAUCGGAAGUCGCAUCACCGGCUCUGGGCUCCACAUCGCCUACUACAGCAAAGGUGGCCUAUGGAGUUGCAAUUCCCACGAUUGUCAUUGCCGGCGUGAUCAACGGACAUGUUGCAGCCAAGUAUAUUUACGUCCGUCUCUUCCGUGGCUCCGACAGCAUGCACAAGAGGAAUUUCCUCUCUAUCGGUAGUUGGGUCGCCAUCACCUUUGUUCUGUGGGUCAUUGCGUGGGUCAUUGCAGAGGCAAUCCCGGUCUUCAGCAAUCUGCUCGGCUUGAUUGUCGCUCUCUUCGCCAGUUGGUUUACAUACGGACUGAGCGGCAUAUUCUGGCUCUUCUUGAACUGGGGCAACUACACAAAGUCGCCGAGAAAGAUAUUCCUUACAAUUUUGAACAUCAUCGUAUUCGGAAUUGGUGGCGUUUUGUGUGGAAUGGGCCUAUGGACUUCUGGGGAGGCCAUUCACAACAACGCCUCGAAAGCGAGUUUCUCCUGCGAUGCCAAUCAGUGA